UCCUGCUGGAAGAUCCCCUCCCCCCUGUGGCUGGAAGUUCCUGAGCAUGGCCUCUGAAAUGGAGUUACAAAACUCCGGGGUCGAGGACGGUUUCACUCACGUCACUCGCAAGGGUGGCCGGCGAGCCAAGAAGCGGCAGGCUGAAGAGCUGUCUGCAGCCAGGGAAGGCGGGGACGCGGGUCCCAUGGACACGGAGGAGGCCCGGCCCGCCAAGAGGCCCGUCUUUCCUCCCCUCUCCGGGGAUGGGAUCCUGGACGGGAAAGCAGAAACGAGGAAAAUUCCAGUGCCAGCUCACAGAUACACACCAUUAAAAGAGAACUGGUUGAAGAUAUUUACUCCUGUUGUAGAACAUUUGGGACUUCAGAUACGCUUUAACUUGAAGUCGAGGAAUGUAGAAAUCAGGACUUGUAAAGAAACCAAGGAUGUUAGUGCGCUGACAAAAGCGGCUGAUUUCGUGAAAGCCUUUAUUCUCGGGUUUCAGGUGGAGGAUGCACUUGCCCUCAUUAGGCUGGAUGAUCUCUUCUUAGAGUCUUUUGAAAUUACAGAUGUGAAGCCCCUAAAGGGAGAUCACCUGUCAAGGGCAAUAGGAAGAAUCGCUGGCAGAGGAGGAAAAACCAAGUUCACCAUAGAGAAUGUGACACGGACGCGGAUAGUUUUAGCUGAUGUGAAAGUUCACAUCCUUGGCUCUUUCCAAAACAUCAAGAUGGCAAGAACUGCCAUUUGUAACCUCAUCCUGGGAAAUCCUCCAUCAAAGGUUUAUGGCAAUAUUCGAGCUGUGGCUAGCAGAGCAGCAGAUCGAUUUUGAUUUCAAAUCAGAGACUUUUGUCUUUGGACUCUAAAGACCUUACCCUUUAUAAGUGGUCACAAGAAGCCAUGAGAAGGAUUUUGCAGUCACUUCAAGCCUACAUCCCUUCUUCAGUUCCCAGCCAGAAGAAUAAACAAAAAGGAAAAAUUUGACAAUAUUCAUUCAACAGCUUUGAGUAUAAUUUAAGUAUCAAACUUCAGUACCAUGAUUAUACUUAACAUUAACUUACCUUUUUUCCAUUUUAAAUUACAUGUAGUAUAUUUGCAUACUUUUACUUCUCUCAUUUGGAGGGAAAAUUCUUUUUCUAUAUGAAUUUACAAGUUUUUUCCUUACAAAUUUAUGAAUAUUUCUUCUCUGAGUUGUAAUUAAAGACUUAUCUCAGAAAACCUCUCUGAAUCAUAGCCCUUAAUACUGAGGGGCGUGUCACUGUUUUACAGUCAGGUCAUUCAUAAGCAGCAGUUUGGCUGGACUGUGUGAACCAAAAAGGCCAAUCUUUGUACUUGUUUUACUACUUGUAAAAUUAAAAUUAAAGGCCUGUAUCACAAGGUUGACAGGAGGAAAGAAUGUUUUUUAUAAAAGUGUAUGUGUUGGGUUUCUUCUAAGUAGUCAAGUAUGAUAGAACAACGUUCUUAAACCUAAGAAAAUGUUCUUCAAAUGUAAUACAUUGUUUUAACUAGUGCCUGCCUAUUUAAAUAUUAUCUGAUUCAGUUUAUGCAUUUUUUAAAUGUAAGAACUCACUUCAUUAAACUUGUGUGAUACAUUUGCUUGUACAUCUCUAGAACCCGACCAAAACUCUUUAAUGGAGCAUUUGAAAGUUCAUGUAAGAACCAGAAAAAGUAUUCUUAUUAAGCAUGUUUCCCUGAUGUCAGUUACAUGUGUCACUGUCCCAAACAACUUUAUACGGUGCAUGGGACUGGUUAUAUUAAAUGGUUGGGAUCCAGUGGGAAAUUGCUGGAAAAAUUUCCAAAAUAAUUUUUUAUCCUCCGGCAACACAGCAGUAUGAAGAGAGUAUAUAAUAGUAGUAGGUCUCUUUACUCAUAAAACUUAAAACACUGAACUUUUAUUUACAUCUUGAGUCUUGGGCACCUCCUUGGUUUCGUCCUCCCUAGGGGAUCAGUACUAUUUGGGGUUUGAUAGAGAGGCAAAAUGUUGGAGGAAACCCAACUGAUUUUUGGAAUGGGAAUGACAAAGAAUUACAGGUAAAUCUGACUAAUCUGUCACAGUGAUAGUUGAUUUUAACAACCUGGAUCAGAGCAUUUUGAAAGCUUUCUAUAAGGCCUGGACACUUUAAUACCUCAUCCUUAGCCAUGCAUAUCCAUGUUUCUAUGGCAUUUGUCAUGCUCUACUGUAAUUAUGUCUGCCUUUCUCCUUUGGAUACUCAGUAUCUUGCAGUUUCUGACACAACAAUUUACAUACUGGCUGAAGAAUGGGCCUGAGGAGUAUUUUCCUACUAAGUGGCUGAUAAGGGAAAAGACCGAGGUGUUUCUUAGUCAUUACAGAAGAUCUGGGUUUCAUCUCAUGCUACCUAGAACUGGGAUGGAAGAGAAGCAAGCUCAUGUUCAUUAAGCAUCUGGGAAAGAUACCUAAUUCCUGAUCUCAGCCAUGCUAAGGUUGGGCCAGCAUGCUUAAUGUUAGAUUACUGAGCAUACACAGCGACAAUGUAUUGUAUACAACCAUCCUAAAACUUGGAAAAUGCUCAUACUGUGCCAGUGUUACUUAUUUGGUCAAAGAAAACAAGUAAAUCUUUAGGUUUGAGAGAGCAAGGACUUGCUAAUUUGAUCUGGUUAGCUGAUAGAUUUAUAAUGACCAAGGGAAGUGAAAGGUUGAAGUUGCAAAGGACUUUAGCUGAAAUGUUAGUUAAUGCAAUGAGUUGUUGAGCAUGGGGGAAUUUUUGAAGACUAAGAUUAAUAUUUUCAGGCACAGGAGUUUGAAAAACACAAGUCCUGGCAACUCUCCAGAAAGAUUGAGGUUUAUUUUCACUAUCUUGUUUAUUUUAAACUGUGGUAAGUCCAUAACGUUUACCAUUUUGGCCACGUUUAGGUGUACACUUCAGUAGCAUAAAGUACAUUCACAUUACUGUGCAACCAUCACCAUCUCCAGAACUUUACCUUCCCCAACUAAAACUACCCAUGAAACACUAACUCCCCAUUCACCCCUCUUCCUGGCCGUUGACACCAUUCUACUUUGUCUUUAAUUUGACAACUCCAGGAACUCAGAAGGGGAAUCAUACAGUAUUUGUUGUUUUUGUAACUGGCUUAUUUUACUUAGCAUAAUGUCUUUAAGGUUCAGCCACAUUGUAAGUAUGUCAAAAUUUCCCUCCUUUUUAAGCUGAACAUUCGUUCCAGUGCAUAGUACGUGUGUAUAGUCACGCACAUUUCAGUUAGUUUUCCUUACUGACUGAAGAAUACUACCAU